ACUGCUGUGAGUGAGGAGAGAAUCUCAGGCCAUAGUUUCCUUACUGGACAUGUUUACAGAGGUGUGGAGACUUUGGGAAAAGAACUUUUUAUGUAUUUUGAUCAGACAGCUUUGAGGGUUCACUUUGGUAUGAAUGGUUCGAUGCACAUUAAUCGUGAUGAAAGCAAAGGCAGAAAUGGAGUGCUACCAGUUCUGGAGAUACAGUUAACAGAGGAUACGGUUUGUUUUUUUGAGGCAACAGUACAGUACAGAAAUGCAGCUGAAAGCGAGCAGAAAGUGAGAAUGAUGGAAAGCUUGGAUGUCUGCUCUCCAAAAUUUAGCUGCUCAAGAGCAGAAAGUGAGAUUAAGCAGCAGAAAACUCGCAUGUUGUGUGAUGUGUUACUGGAUCAAGCAGUGUUACCUGGAGUGGGAAAUAUUAUAAAAAAUGAAGCACUAUUUGACAGUGGCCUCCAUCCAGCUAUUAAAGUUUGCCAACUGACAGAUGAGCACAUACGCCACUUGGUGAAAAUGACACGUGACUUUGCCCUCCUUUUUUAUAAGUGCCGCAAAACCGGAUCUGCGCUGUACAAGCACUACAAAGUAUACAGGCGGCCCAGCUGCGGUCAGUGCGAUGGGAACAUCACUGCCUGUCGUUUAGGAGAGAACAAUAGGAUGACCUACUUCUGCUGGCGAUGUCAGAAGGCUGAUGCGCAGCUUGUCAAUAUUAGCAAACUGCCAACUAGAAAUAGCCUAAUUGGCUGGGCCUAUGGCAGGAGGUCAUGUUCUAAUGAACAUGUAGCUCAGAAAUCUGAAGAAGAGUGGACAUGCAUGUCCUGUACCCUAAUAAACAAGCCGUCUGCUAAAAUCUGUGAUGCCUGCUUGACUUCAAGGCCUGAAGUUCCAAAGACAGGGAAUGAUGACGAUUCUGUAGCCUUUAACAGAAGCUUAAUGAAGUACCCUUGUAAUGAUUUUGGAAAGCCAAGCGUUGAAAUAAAAAUAAAUAGGAAAGCUGCGUUUGGACAUACAACCCUAGUCGUAACAGACCUCAGUAGCAAAGUUGUUCAGAGAAAUGAUACCCAAAUAUCGGAUGCGCACGCUCAGGGUGUUUCGCCGAAGAACAAUUUGGAUCAAAUCCCAAGUGACGUACGUCAGUCAAGGGAAAGUACAGACAAGUACUGCUCAACAAAUGUCACUGUGGCUAUGGCUUCACCCUCCUAUCAGCAGGCUUUCUCUUUCAAACCCAUACAAAAGAAGCAGAAAACUGAUCAUGUACCUUCUAUUCUCCAGCAAAACACAGGAAUCAGCAAGCCUCAAGUUAAUAUGACAGAUGGUAUUUGUUCGUUAAACACGGGCCAUCCUCGCUGCAGUAAACACAGCCGCCUCUGCAUUCUCAGAGUUGUGAGAAAGGACGGAGAAAACAAGGGCAGGCAGUUUUAUACUUGUCCUCUACCCAGAAAAUGUCGGUGUGACUACUUUCAAUGGGCUGACUUGAAUUUUCCAUUCUGUAACCAUGGGAAGCGCUGUGUAAUGAAGACUGUGUUGAAGAUUGGUCCCAAUAAUGGAAAGAACUUUUUUGUGUGCCCUUCUGUGAAGGAAAAACAAUGCGGCUUUUUCCAAUGGGCAGAACAGCAGGCAGGUAUGCAGAUUAUUCCUUAA